AUGGUCGAUGUGAAUGAGCGAGUGGAGGAGCUGCACGAGAUUGUACGCGCACAGGCUGUCGAGCUUGCCGCCUUGCGCCAGACCAUGCAACUUUCGACAAAUACGACUCGCAGUGCCGACUCUGGGCCUGCGGUUGCGAUAGCAGCACCCGCACAGCACUGGCACGCCACAGGCGAAUUCGAGGAGCUAGUUGCCCUUGUUCAACAGCAUGGACACGAGCUUGUUGCGUUGAGACAAACCGUUCAGCAGUUCGUUGACACAGAAAAUCCCGAUAAAGAUAUAGAUGAGGCUAACGGACCAGACAAUGCCUCGGACACCCCACGAGUUGUUGAGCGGGAACAUGAGCAUACAAUUAUCUCACCAAGUCAGAUUAAUCUGGAAGAGCUAGAUUCCAAAUCGCAUGAUAUCGAGUUCGUUCCUGGUGAGGACGCCCUCAGUUUUCCAGACUCGACGAAAGCUGUCCACACUCAGUAUCGGGAUGUUCCCGAAUUUGUGCAGGGUUCCUCAAGAGAUCUUCAUAGAACUUCGGAUGCAGACCGAUCGGAUGACCACGCACAACCAGGGACCUUAAAUAUUGUCAAGAAGAUAUCUCCAUCGCCUAUCGCACUUCCAUUAGAGUGGUUGGACAAUCCGUUGGACUUAAAAUCAGAAGAUGUCAAGCCACCGAGGAAGAAGCCGAAACUGAUCGUAGAAGUCGUCCUCCCACCAACGCGAUCCAAUAGACCCAACGCUUCGUCUCAAGCUACAGUACAAGCACGAGAUAGGAAAAAGUCACUCGCCUCAAGCAAGGCUCCUCAACGGAAGGAGAAUAUUCGUCGGGAGGUCAAGCAAGAGCUGAAGGUCGAGAUCGGCGAGGAUAUCCUGAACGAAGACGCAAUCGCCGACCGUCUCCAUCCUAUCGGGCUGGACCCCUUCCCAGUUACUCUUGACUCCGCUAUCCGGUCUGUCAUGUUUUCUCGGACCUUCACCUCGAAAGUCUUUGGCGGACCAAUACUCGGGCUGCGCCCGUCUGUCGUACCAAAGCACCCGAAGGGGUUCAAAGACUUUUUGUACCCGACACUCGACAUGAACCCCCAUCUUCCGAGAGAGCCAGGUCACCCGGGUCUUCUGUGUAGAGUUACUCGCGCAGUUGGGGAUGAAGGCUGGGCUGCUGUAAGCAAGGUGUUUGUGCGAUGGGGAGUAAACCGAUUCCAGUACAUGGGCGAUUACAAGUUAUCCCAGUCAGACAAGCCGCUCUCGCCGGAGGAAUUCAGGAAUAUGCCCAAGAAGAUGCAGAAUGCCUUCGCGUCUCUGAUCGCGAAGCGCAGUCAAGACAAGGACGUACGGGCUCGUCUUCACCUCCUUCGAAAGUAUCGCCGCGAGCCGACUGCCCAGGAGCUGCAGAAGGCGCUCGCCGGAAAGAAUAAAUUCAUACAGGAUCCUGAUGAUAUCAUGGCUGCAUUCGAAUCCGGAAAUCUGAUUAUAGCACUGUGGUGCAUGAAAUGUAUCGCCUACGAUGAAGAGCUUCAGCGGGAGCUCGCAGAGAAGUAUCCGGGAUUUUUGGAGAACCGCAUCACCAAAACAGAACCAAAAAGGAAGGGGAAGGGGAAGGAGGAGGCGAAACCUUCAAAUGAUCGCGGGGCCCACGUAUUGAGGAAACGGAAACGCUCCCAAACUAACCUGGAUACCACUCUUGCGAAGGACGAAGAGUUUGAGUAA